AUGGACGGCAGCAGGCGCAAGAAUGCAGAGCUGGUGUGCAGCGGCGCAGCAAUGCCAUGGGCGCAGCAUGGCAGCUCGGCACCGCUGAUGCCAGCGAGCAUGACGUUUGGCCUACCCUUUAUGGGCCUCGGGGGCGCGUCAAGGCGGCGCUCGGCGCCGUUUGCGAGCGUGAGCGCUGGAGCGCUGGCGCCCCCCAAGCUGUUCGCUACCCCCAAGGUCGAGCCGGCCACAGGGAUCGAUUAUCCAGACAACCUCUGCGUAAUCACCAAGAACCACUGCCCUGGGCUCGCUGGAGUGGGCGUGCGUGCCAAGCGCGUCUUAGGCCUCAAGAACAUCAAUGUGUACGCCCUGGGCCUCUACGUCGACGCGCAUGGGGCCAAGAAGGCCCUCGGCAAGUGGAAGGGCAGCAGCAGCGACACCCUCCUGACAAACCAGGCGGCUUUUGAUGCCAUCACCACCGCCGAGUCGUUCGAGCGGUCCCUGCGGCUCGUCAUUAGCUUUGGCUCCCUCAAGCGCGCCCAGUUUGUCAACGCCCUGGAGGAGCGGCUCGCGCCGCCCCUCAACAAGGCCGGCAAGUCUGACGUCAUGAAGUCAUUCGAGCGGCUGUUUGACGGCGCCUCCUUCAAGAAGGGCACGGCCAUCGACUUCUCGGCCAGCGGCAAGGGCAAGCUCGUCACGAAGAUUGACGGCCAGCAGGUGGGCACCAUCGAGUCACCUGAGCUGGUCAAGGCGCUGUUUGACAUCUACCUGGGGUCAGACGCCGUCAGCGCAGACGCAAAGGCCUCCUUCGCACAGGGUCUCUCCUCCCUGCUGCAGGAGUAG